UAAACGGUUGACUUUGAAAACACCCGAGAAUAUAUAUAGCCGAUGUUGAAAAUUUAAUAAAACGACCGGCCGCGAUGUCUGAUGAAUACGUUUCCUAAUAAUGAAAUGUGAAAGAAACUUGAACUAACGACAUCAAAGAUGGUUCAAGUCAAACUCUUUUUUGUAACUUUAUUUGUGACAUGUGUCUGUGUGAAUGCCAGUCAUUUUAGAGGCGCAAUCUUCACCUGGACUCCAUCUGAAGACGGAUCUACAAUAACAAUCAGCUUUCGAAUAUCAUGGAGAAGAACAUAUGCAGGAUAUUGGUGUAAUGAUUCAAUCAUUACUAAUGGUACCCUUAUAGGAGGGGGAAACCUCGUUUGUUCAAGCGGUUGUAAUGACACCAUUGGGUCAUUAUUUUACCAAUGUACAGAUUACAGUGAAAUUGAUGACUGGUCAACAGGAAGGCAUGACAUUACUUACACAGUCACUUCUACACAGUUUUCUUUCAGUUUUUCCAGCUGUUGCUGGAUCAGCACUCUGGUUGUAGGCAAGGAUGGCAAUUGGAAUGUACAGGCUUCAGUUGACCUUUCAGUACGAUCUGACACUGGGCGUAUAAAUUCAUCGCCUACAGUAGAGAUGACCCCUGUAUUAAAUCUUCAACAUGGAUGCUCCUACACAGUUAAACUUCCAGUUGGAGACGUUGAUGGGGAUAUAGUAAGAUGUCGCUGGGCAACAGGAUUAACAGAAUGCUCAGAUGUUUGUAAUGGAUUCAUUGGUGCCGUAUUAGACGAAGAAAAGUGUACAAUAACAUACACAGCGGACAAAAACCUAGGUCUGUACGCAGCUGCAUUACAAAUCGAAGACUAUCCCAACAUACUAUCUACGACAGCAUUGAGCAGUAUUCCGCUACAAUUUAUCGCAAGGAUUUACGCUGGAAAUAACUGUGACGACGUUCCAGAAUUUAUACAACCGACCCCUGAAGACAACGCAUGCUUUGCACUGGACGUUGGUGACACUUAUAAUGUAACCAUUAAAGCAAGAGGUCAACGAAAUUUUCAUAGAAUAACGACCAUAUCUGCAAUUGGAAUGGUGCGAUCACUAGAGAUACAAUCAAAAGAUUCCUCCAUGUAUUAUGUUGAAUUGAAUGUCACCUGGACUCCAACAAUUAGCGACUCUGGAAAAGACCAUUCUUUGUGUUUCUAUGCGACAGACAAUUCAAGCAUAACAAGUACGAUGCGAUGUAUAAAACUGCCUGUCUCGGUUUCUGGACCGACACCGUUAAGGGUUGAGCGUGUGGGACUAACCAACACAUGGAUAAUAAUAAUAGAUCAGACGUUCGAAAGACCAACAGAUCAUGCCUUUAUCGAAGUUUUCGAAACUUCUACAAAUACAAAAAUACUAUCAGUAGAUGCUUCAACAUCAUCUGAUGUUGUUUUUGAUCCAAUACGCCGCCAAAUCAAUGUAACUUUCCAGUAUGUUUUUGAUAUUGAGGAAGAUUAUCACGUAUCUAUACCCUCAGGUCUUGUGGAAGGAUAUGUCAGCUGUGGUGCACUCUCUGUCCCAGUCAACGACUCCAGUUUCUGGAAAAUAGAAGUUGAUUGUGGAGAACUAACUAUUGCGAAUGGAAUCGUGUUAGCUCCGGAUGGAACUGAUUAUCCUCACAGUGUGACGUAUAUGUGUAACAUAGGACAUGACCUAGUUGGCACGGAAAACAGAACAUGUACGGCUAACGGAACCUGGACAGAGAGCGAACCAUAUUGCAAGCCAAGAGAUUGCGGAAACUUUCCAGAGCUGGUUAAUGGAUAUGUGUCAACAAAUUCAACUAUAUACAACACGACAGUUAACUUUUUUUGUAUUACCGGUUACGAAGUCUCUGGAAAUGCAAGCAUGUUUUGUGAUCAUACUCCGGCUUGGAGCUCGCCGCCUCCAGUUUGUGUUAUAAUAGACUGUGGUGCACCUACAUAUCUUGAAAAUGGGAAUGUUUCUGCGUUAGAAGGCACAACAUAUCAGAAGUGGGCGACCUAUUCAUGUAAUUCAGGUUACGACCUAAUGGGUAGCAGUUCAAGACAGUGCCUAAUAAACAAAAUAUGGAGCGAUGCUCAGCCAUUCUGUUCGCCUAAAGAUUGUGGUUUGCUUGGGCCACCAGUAAAUGGUAACAUUGACAUGACCAACACCACUGUAGGAAAUACAGUCACAUAUAGCUGUGGCAUUGGAUUCAUUUUACAUGGUGACAGUAAGAGAGAGUGUCUGCAUAGUGGGUUCUGGAACGGAUCAAAUCCGACAUGUAAAGUAGCCGACUGUGGGCAGCUGAAUAUCCCUUUCCAAGGUAGCGUCAUUGCUAGUGGAUCGACGUAUGGUAAAACUGGCGUAUUCUCUUGUAAUGUUGGGUAUGAACUCCAAGGACACAAUUUCACUGAAUGUCAAGCAAGUGGAUCCUGGUCAAAUCCUGAGCCUUCUUGUUCACUUAUUGACUGUGGAGAAUUGCCACCAAUAGACGGUGGUGUAUAUUUAUUUAAUGGAACAACAUAUGGAGAGAUAUUGACAGCUGAGUGCAAUGUUGGUUACGAUCUUCAUGGAAGUAGCUUACGGCAAUGUCAAUCUUCUGGAAACUGGAGUGGAUCUACGGCAACCUGUACAAUAAAAGACUGUGGACCUUUGCAAAAUCCAGUUGACGGAAGUGUACUUGCUCUAGCGACAUCGUACGGGACAUCAGUGACGUAUUCAUGUAAAACAGGAUAUAGUUUAACUGGAGGGGACACACGCGUAUGUCAGGCUGACGGAUUUUGGAGCGGAACACCGCCAACAUGCCAAAUUAAAGAUUGCCAAACUUUACCACCGCCAGACAAUGGCAAGAUAUAUAUCCCAAAAACUACUUACGGCUCUUAUGCUUUGUAUAUAUGUGAUGAAGAGUACCAUAUUGUUGGAUCAAACAAUCGCAGAUGCAUGUCAGACGGGAUUUGGAGUGACCAAGAGCCUGUCUGCGAACUUACCGAUUGUGGCAAUUUAACUGCACCUUUGUUUGGCGAAGUAACAUUCAAUUCAACAUUUUACAAGGAUCAAGCUAGUUUCAUAUGUUACACGGGAUACGAGUUGAUUGGCGAUGAUGUUGUCACGUGUCAGUCAGAUAACACCUGGUCUGGUAGUGACCAUGUUUGUGUCUUAAAAGAUUGUGGAUUUCUGGACUCUCCUGAAAAUGGUAUUGCAACAGCGACAGCUGCUACAUAUGGAACCAUAGAAACAUUCACCUGCAAUGAGGGAUUUGAACUAAUUGGGGACGAUAUUCUCGUGUGUACGGCCAAUGGGACGUGGAAUGGUACUGUUCCUAUUUGCUUAAUAAAAGACUGUGGAGAUCUGUUACCGCCAUCAAAUGGAGAUAUUUUUGUUAACAAAACGACCUUCGGUUCUGAAGCACUUUAUUCGUGCAGAAAUGGGUUCACCUUAAAUGGAGUAGAAAAUCGAACGUGUCUUAGCAAUGCCACAUGGAGUGAGUCGGACCCUUUCUGCAAAAUUAAAGAUUGUGGAACUCCAUCAGCACCAGAAAAUGGCCGUGUGACCUUCUACAAUACAACAUACAGUUCUGAAUGUGUCUUUUCCUGCAACACUGGCUACUAUUUCAAAGGAUUUAACUUGUCUGUUUGCUCUGAAAGUGGCACUUGGAAUAACUCUGGUGUCGAAUGCAUAAUUAAAGAUUGCGGCAAUUUGUCUUUGCCGCCUAAUGGAGUAUUGGAUAUAAAUAGUACUACAUAUGGUUCAGCAGCGCUAUUCUCGUGCACGACAGGGUAUGACUUAAAAGGGGAUACAAUUCGAAGCUGUACAGAGUCAGGAUAUUGGGAUAAUGAUUACCCUGAAUGUGUCAUUAAAGAUUGUGGAAACCUCACAGACCCCGUUGACGGACGGGUAUCGUAUCUUAAAACGACAUAUCAAUCAACAGCUAGUUACACGUGUGCGGUUGGCUAUAACUUAGUCGGCCUAAACAUAACUCAAUGUACCGCUUCAGGGGCAUGGUCACCAGCACAGCCUUUGUGUGAGAUAGUUGAUUGUGGUGCUUUGCCAGCACCAACCAAUGGAAACAACGAUGCAAUCAUUACUACGUACGGAGAAACCGUGAACUUUACUUGCGAUACAGGAUAUGCUUUGUUUGGCAAUGUCGUAAGAACCUGUUUAGAAACAGGGCUUUGGAGCGGCACAAUGACAACUUGUAAAAUUAAAGAUUGUGGUUUCUUGGCCGCUCCAGAGGAUGGUACUAUUGACAUUUCAUCAACGGUUUAUCAGUCAAAAGUGGUAUAUAAAUGCAACAUUGCAUACGACCUUAUCGGUGUAUCAUCGAGAGAAUGCUUGUCAAAUGGAUCAUGGAGCCAACAGGCACCACUUUGUCGGGUAAAAGACUGUGGCACAUUGCAUGACAUUGAGAAUGGUAUUGUUUACAUCCCGUUUACUACAUUUGGAUCCGUUGCUUCUUAUAUAUGUAAUAAAGGGUAUCAUGUGGUUGGUGACGUUACACGACUUUGCCUGGCCGACGGCGUUUGGGACGGAGAAACACCCUUUUGUGAAUUGACAGUUUGUCCUGAGAUGCCACCACCUGAAAACGGACACGUUGACCACAAUUCAACUCUGUUUGAAGAUGAGAUGAUAUUUAGAUGUGACACUGGAUAUACACUUUUUGGAAAAGCAGUAGUUGUAUGUCAGAAAGAUGGGACAUGGUCCGAUUAUGAGCACAACUGUACUAUCAAAGACUGUGGACAAUUGCUACCACCUACAAAUGGAACUAUUCUCAUAUCCUCAACAACAUAUCUGUCAACAGCGGAAUUUCAGUGUAAUGAGGGAUAUGACUUGAACGGUGAUAGCAUCUUCCUUUGUCGCGAUGAUGGACUUUGGAAUGGGACCACACCAUUCUGUAAAAUAAGAGAAUGCAAGCGUCUACAGGCACCAGAUCACGGGAAUGUUUCAUCGGAUGGUACAGAAUUUGGAUCUUGGGCAAUAUAUAAUUGUGAUGCAGGUUAUAAUUUAGCUGGAUCUCGGAACAGUGUAUGCCUUAGUGACAGGAAUUGGUCUACUAAUACUCCAAAAUGUCAGAUAAAAGACUGUGGUAAUCCGCUGAUUCCUGGAAACGGUGAUGUCGACUUUGGGAACACAACUUUUGGAUCAGUUAGCUAUUAUAGUUGCAUCCAAGGCUAUGAUAUUAUCGGUGGUAAUACUUCUAUCUGUACUGAGUUUGGAAACUGGAGUAACGGAGACAUCAAAUGCACUAUUAAAGACUGUGGACAUCUUUCCGUUCCUCCUAAUACCAGACUCGAUGCUGAUUCGACAACCUUCGGCUCUAUAGCGUUUUUCAGUUGUGAAGAAGGUUACAAUCUGUAUGGAAAUUCAGAAAGGCAUUGCUCAAAAGAAGGAGUUUGGAAUAAUACCAGUCCAAGCUGUAUCAUUAAAGACUGUGGUACCCUGACCGACCCCGAGAAUGGUCUCGUGAUCUACAAUGCGUCAACCUAUGGUUCUGUCGCUGUUUACCGCUGUGAUGUUGGCUAUAAUCUGACAGGCAGCAAUAAAACCGAAUGCUCUGAAGGAGGGUUUUGGACUGACUCCAAACCGUCUUGCCCGAUUGUUGAUUGCGGACCCCUCGAUCAUCUAGCAUAUGGGAAUAUUGAUAUCAACGUGACGACAUAUGGUGCAAGUGUAAAUUAUUCUUGUGAUGUUGGAUACGAUCUCAUUGGAGUUAAAAGUCGGGUUUGCUUGGCGAACGGUGAUUGGGAUGGUUAUGAUACGUAUUGUGAGAUUAAGGAUUGUGGAUCACUUGUCAAUCCUGUAGAUGGUAUCGUGUCUGUAUCUUCAACUGUUUAUGAAGGAAUCGCAACAUACAACUGCAGUGUAGGAUUCGACUUGUGGGGUGAAAACACACGUAAAUGCUCUGCUGAUGGUAUAUGGGACAAAGAACCUCCCAGAUGUUUAAUCAAAGAUUGUGGCAGCCUAAGUAAUCCUGUGAACGGUGAGGUAUAUGUGCCUAUUUCAACAUACAAUGCCUAUGCUUUGUACGUUUGUUAUGAAGGUUAUCACAUUAGGGGAACCCAUACCCGUAAAUGUACCCCUGAGGGUUUAUGGAGUAAGGAAAAGCCCAUUUGUGAACAAACAGAUUGUGGUAAUCCCCCUUCACCAGUGAAUGGUGAGGUGACAUUUAAUGGAACAGUUUACGAAUCCGAAGCGAAAUACAUGUGUUACACGGGGUAUGAACUAGUUGGUGAGGAAUCCAUUGUGUGUGAGGAAGAUGAAAAGUGGUCCGAAACUGGCCAGUCUUGCAUGUUAACGGACUGUGGUUCGCUAGAAGCUCCUGAAGAUGGGGAUAUAAAGGGAACUACAUCUACCUAUCAAUCGAUUGUUACGUUUUCCUGCUCGGAAGGGUUCGAUCUCAGUGGUGAUGAAAAACUUGUAUGUACUGCCGAUGGUAAAUGGAAUGGAUCUACUCCAGUCUGUAGAAUAAAGGACUGUGGAUCGCUGCCUGAACUACAAAACGGAAAGAUAGUUUUUAACAAAACUACGUUCGGUUCUGAAGCGAAUUACAUAUGUGAUGUCGGCUACUCUUAUAUGGGUGAUUUCACCCGAAUAUGUAGAAGUAAUGCUACCUGGAGUGAAACUGAACCAUUAUGCCAGAUUAAAGAUUGUAAAGUACCAUCAAUACCUUCAAAUGGCGAAAUAUAUUUUGACAAUACCACAUAUGGAUCGGUAAUCUACUACUUGUGUGAUGUCGGUUAUAACAUGAAAGGAGAAAAUGUUUCUGUCUGUACCGAGAAUGGUCAAUGGAAUAAUACAGAAACUAAGUGUGUUAUAAAAGAUUGUGGAAAUCUUUCAAACCCAGAAAAUGGAGAGCUGUUGAUAAGCAAUACAUAUUACGGCUCCAUGGCGAAUUUCUCUUGCAACACUGGAUUUACACUUCAUGGAUACCAAACACGCACAUGUCUUGAGACAGGCAACUGGAGCAAUGAUAAUCCUUUGUGCGUUGUAAAAGACUGUGGUGAGCUGAGUGGACCUACAAAUGGUUCUGUCUAUUUACCUUCAACUACAUACGGCGCUGUAGCAGUAUACAUAUGUGAUACCGGAUAUGAUGUUUUUGGCGAUGUUACACGAGUUUGUCAAGAAGAUGGUAUUUGGGAUGGGAAUGACCCGACUUGCGAAUUGACAGAUUGUGAGCCGCUACAUUAUCCCCUUAAUGGACGAGUUAUUGCCGAGUCCAGAAAUUUCGGAGAUAUUGCUAUGUAUGUGUGUGAUACAGGUUACACACUUGUUGGUAACGAUACGCGGGAAUGCUUAAUAAAUACAUCUUGGAGUAACACGGAGCCAGUCUGUGAAAUCAAAGACUGCGGACCACUUACUGGCCCAGAUAAUGGACAUGUAGUUUACGGUUCAACUACCUAUGGAUCCAAAGUAUCAGUAACAUGUGACGAAGGAUAUGAUUUGACAGGCGAAUAUGAAGGGAUUUGUGAACACACCGGUACCUGGAGUAUAAAUAUAUCAGAAUGUAAAAUUAAAGACUGUGGUACCUUAACACAUCCUGAAAAUGGUAGAGUCAAAACAGAGGGAACAGUUUUCAGGUCAACAGCAUCUGUUAUAUGCAAUACUGGAUAUACUCCUGACAUACAAACACUUCAAUGCUCUCAGACUGGUACAUGGGAUGGUAAACCCAGCUGUAUCAUUAAAGAUUGUGGAUCAAUAGACGCACCAGAUCAUGGGUCAGUUUCCUAUUCAAGUACAACUUACAAAUCCCUAGCCGUUUUUGAAUGUGAUGUUGGUUAUGAUCUUGAAGGAGUUUCUAAUAAAACCUGCCAGCAUGAUGGAACAUGGACUAACGGAUCGGCCGAAUGCAAAAUAAGAAGCUGUGGUUAUCCAAACACACCAGAGAAUGGAUUCAAAUCUUUAGAGUCUGAUGAAUAUAAGUCAGUCGUUACUUUCUCCUGUGCAACUGGUUUUAAUCUAGUUGGUAAAGUAGAGUUAACAUGUUUGGAGAAUGGAACAUGGGAUGGAUUAGAACCCCUUUGUAAUAUUAAAGAUUGCAGAGAUCCCGUGCCUAUAACUAACGGCCAACUCCAGUUUACUGCAACAACGUUUGGAUCAAGUGCUUCAUACAUUUGUGACAUCGGCUACAUCAUGAUAGGGCAGCCAACCAUCGAAUGCUCAAGUGACGGAAUGUGGCAAAAUCGGCCCAUGUGCAAAAUCAAAAAAUGUGGGGAAUUGCAAUCGCCGGAAAAUGGAAAAGUUUUUAUGUCUUCAAACACAUAUGGAGCACUGGCGAUCUUUUCUUGUAAUGAUGGAUAUUGGCGCGAUGGAAACCAACUAAGUGAAUGCCUAGAUAAUUCAACUUGGUCAAAUACCGAAACGAUAUGCGAAAUAAAAGAUUGUGGUAAACCGUUAUCACCAACAAAUGGUAAUGUGUCUUAUAACAAUACCACCUACGAAUCUGUUGCGAGGUUUUCCUGCAAUAAUGGUUACAACAUGAACGGUGGAAAUUUGAUGCGUUGUAGCUCUGAUGGACUUUGGAAUGGCAGUGUACCGGAUUGUAUUAUAAAAGCGUGCAACAACAUAGAUGCGCCAGCAAAUGGAGAUGUAUCAAUUACGACAAUGUCAUAUGGAGCUACCGCUGUUGUUUCCUGUAUUUCCGGGUAUGACCUAGUCGGAGAAACACAUCUGAAAUGCACGGAAAAUGGAAGUUGGAGUGAUGAAGUUCCAUCUUGUGUAAUCAAAGAUUGUGGGCUUGUUGGUAAUCUAACAAAUGGAGAGGUGUCUAAUGGAAGUACAGUUUAUGGAUCCGUUAAAACCUUUUCGUGUGACAAUGGAUAUGAAAUGUUGGGGUCAAACAUGUCCAAUUGUUUGGAGAAUGGAUCUUGGAGCGACAACCCUCCUAAGUGCAAUAUAAAAACAACAUCUGCAUCUGCUGCAGCAGCAGCAUAUUGGAUCAUUGGUGGAAGCACAGGUUUUAUUAUUUUCGUAAUCGCUGUAAGCAUAAUAGCGGUGACAGUAUCAAGAGUGAUGGGAAAAGGAAAACAGGGGACAAGUUAUAUUGCUGACAAUAGUAUAAAUAUGGAUGACAUCAAACUUACAGAUAACUGGCAGCAUCACAAUGGGUACCAUGGAUCUAGCUUUCGGCAAAGUGAUUGGCGGAGUUUUUCGUUGCGGAUGACUCCAGGAUAUUUGUCAAGAACAUCAGGUAUCUACGAAGCCUGAUAUGAGACGUUAUACGAAUGUUAAGACUUUUUAUAAACGUCAAAGUGAAAAACGUGUGGAACAGCUCUGUUAAAAAUUGAAGAUUAAUGUGUUUUAUAUAUAUUUUCAACUUAUUUUUGCAAAAGAAACGGUGUACAUAGAUUGUUUAAACCUUUGAGUCGGUCAGCUGUUACAAAAACAAAAAGGUCAAGUAGUCUGGUGAUAUGUGUUAUGUAAAUUCUGAAUGUCGUUCAGGAGGGCAUGAGGGAUAUUGUACAUUUUAUUACCUCUUAUGAAUACACAAUCAAAAUACAUCGUGUUGUUACAACUCGUUUUAUAAUAAAGUUGGAAAUUGUAAUAACUAUUACAAAACGGAUUGAAGUGUUAAGUACAAUGUAAAAUGAACCUCGCAGCCCGAUUUGUAAUAAAGUUGCAAAAUGUAAUAAAAUUUCUGAAUGUGUGUAAAAGCAUUUACUUCAUAGUUCUAAGGUUCACUAUGUGAAAAAAAGUGAAUGAGGUGAAGGUGCCAUGUGUGUUACUUUUGGCAAUAUAGCUUUUACUAAUUAUACCUAAGUAAAAGAAGGCAAACAGUAAGCAAAUCAAAAUGAACAUCAUUGAAAUUGUUACAAAAACUUUCCUAGUGAGAGUAAAUGUCAUUUCGGUCAUAUUUCCAAGUUUGACCAUGUGUAAAAAAAGUGAAGGAGGUGAAAUGUCAUGUGUCAUACUUUUGACAUUUAAUUUUAACUCAUUAUUUUUCACUAAAAAUGCAGCUGGUUAGCAAAUCAGUAUGAACUUUCAUGACAUCAAUGAUUUUUUAAAAAUUAUUACAAAACGGGUUGAAGUGCUUAUUACAAUGUGAAUUGAACAUCGGUACCCGUUUUGUAAUACAGCUGCAAAUGUAAUAAACUUUCAUACUGUGUGUAAAUGUCAUUUCGGUCAUAUUUUUAAGUUUCACUGUGUGAAUAAAAGUGAAGGAGGUGAAGAUGUCAUGGUUCCUUCAUUCGACAGCUUGUUUUAAUUAAGAAAUAAUUUAUAGCAAAACGGUGCUUUAACAUUAUUUAUACACGAUGGGCGGUUAUACGCCGGGCGUAAUAAUUUCACGAAACUGGUUGGAGUGCUUAUUACAAUGUGAACUGAACAUCGCAACUCGUUUUGAAAUGAUUAUAACAAUUUCAUUGAUUUAAUGGACGUUCACUUUGAUUUGCUAACUACUUACUUUGUAUAAUUAUAUAUAAUUAGUAAAAGCCAUAUUGUCAAAAGUAAGACAUAUGCCAUCUGCACCUCUUACACUUUUAUUCACAUAGUGAAACUUUGAAAUAUGACAUAAAUGCGUUUACACACUCACAAAUUUUGUUACAUUUUGCAACAUUACAAAACGGGUUGUGAUGUCCAUUUCACAUUGUAAUUAACACUCCAACCCGUUUUGUAAUAAUUAUAACAUUUUCAAUGAUUUAAUGAAUGUUCACUUUGAUUUGCUAACUACUUGCCUUCUUUUACUUAUAAUUAGUAAAAGCCAUAUUGCCAAAAGUAAGACACAUGACAUCUUCACCUCCUUCACUUUUAUUCACAUAGUGAAACUUAAAAACAUGACACUGAUGCGUUUUACACACACGCAGAAAUUUUAUUACAUUUUGCAACUUUAUUACAAAACGGUUUACGAUGUUCAUUUCACAUUGUAAUAUAUAAUAAAUACAUUUUGCAACUUUAUUACAAAACGGGCUGUAACAUUGUGUUCCAAAGGAUCUUCUUAUCAGUAUGCUGGAUGCUCAUCUUUAUCAAAGUUUCAUAUAUCAAUACUUGUGUCAUAUCCCUUAGCUGUAUUCUAUUAUACACAUACAUUACAAAUGUCAUGUAAUCUACAUUAGCAGUUCGUGUAUCUUAGUCGGAUGGAAAUGUUUCUGUGUGUCGUUUUCAAGGCAGAAAAAAAUAAUCUAAAAACGAUGAUAUUUUCACAAUAAAAUAUCACGUGCAUUUUAAAUGAAAUAUCUUCAUGUGUAGAAAUAGAUUGUGUGAUUUGAGAUCGAAUUAUGUAUUGCUUGCAUCUCUUAAUGCCGAAUUAACACACUCUCUACACAAAACAUUAACGACCAAGUGAUAAAAGUUUCUACCAUGUUUUUUCCCCCAUAAAUUAUCAAUUUAAGUCUACUGACUGCAAUACGAUUAUUGUACAAGUUCUGGAUAAGAACCUUAACAAAAACCAAGCUCUUACUGACAAAGUAGAAAAUGUCAUAAUUUGAAUAAUCAGUUUGGAAGACCUUUGGCUAAACCUUUUUUUUCCGAAUGAAAGAAGAAAAUAGUUGCUUUUCAACAGAACAAUGUUAUUGCAAUUACAAUACGACUGAUCACAGUCUCACAGUCUUUUCUUAUACUUAUGUUAAAUUACUUCCCUUCAUAAUUAUAAAAGGGUUAACUCCUUUUGCUGUCGAAUGAUAAUCAAGUAGAAACUUCAAAAGAAACAAGAGCUCGUAGAACACGAAAUGCUCCCCUUGAUGCAUUCAGUAAUUGCACAAAGAAUAGCUUGGUCAUUGUGCACUGGAUGUUUGACAUACUGACCUCAAAUCAAUAAUAUGGGUCAUUUACCAGUCAUAAGUGACCUCCGUAUCAAACGUGAUGUUAGACCAAAGCAUUCUCUAAUUAUUUAGCAAAAAUGUUCUGCUGUUCUGGGUCAAUGUUAUCUUGAGUUUUGACCUACUGAUCUCAAAAUCAAUAGGGGUCAUUUGCUGGUCAUGACCAACCUUCCUACCAUCUUUCAUGAUCCUAGGUCUAAGCGUUCCUGAGUUAUCAUCCAGAAACUGUUGAAAUGUACCGGGUCACUGUGACCUUGACCUACUGACCUCAAAACCAACUGGGAGCAUCUACUUUUCAUGACCAACCUCCAUAUUAAUUGUGAUGAUCAUAGACCUAAGCGUUCUUGAGUUUAAGUCCGGAAACUGUUUAAUUGUUCCGGGUCACUGUGUCCUUGACCUUUGAACUACUAACCUCAACUGGUCAUGACCAACCUCCCUAUUAAAUUUCAUUAUCCUAGGCCCAAGCGUUCUUGAGUUAUCAACCGGAAACUGUUUAACAGUUCCGGGUGUCUGUCACCUUGACAUUUGACCAACUGAUCUUAAAAUCAAUUGUGAUGACCAACCUUCCUAUCAACUUUCAUGAUCCUAUGCCAAAACGUUCUUGAGUUAUCAUCCGGAAACCGAUUGGUCUACGGACCGACCGACUGACAGACCGACCGGCCGAUAUCUGCAAAAUAAUAUACCCCACCUUCUAAGAAGGGUGGAGGCAUAAAUAUGAAUAUGUAAAAAAUAACUAACUUUUAAGACAAGUAGUUGACCAAAUUUAUAAUGCGGCGUAAAUAUCAUAAUAUAUGUAGUAAGCUCAUUGUAUAUUCUUUGUUGUUUUUUUCGUUGGAUCCGUACAUGUCUCUUUUUAAAACUAUUUCAUGCAAAUGGCUUCCUUCUCAGCCUGACUAAUGUCAAAAUAGCGCGUGCGUACGUGCAUGUGUACAUUAGUGCGUGUGUGUUUUGAUUGAUGAAAGCUUCAUGUUACAUAUAUUGUCUUCUUUGUUGUUGCUAUUUCUUUCUCCCCCCCCCCCCCCCUCCCCAUUCCCCUUGCGUUUACGCCUACCCCUCAUGAGUGAGGUUAGAUGCCCACCCAGCAGUCCCUAGACGGUGCAUCAAUGUUUCUGCUUGCCUGUUUGUUUGUUCUGUGUAUGCAUGUGUGUGAGAGAGUGUUUGUCUUGUGUACAUGUGUGUUUUCGCUGCUGUGGUUUGCGGUAUAGGGAUACUGCGUUUUUUUGAAGCGUGACUUUCCUUGCUAAAUAAUCAUCCUCGCUUUUUACACGUUCCUCAAUAACCCGCCCCUUUAUCCACCCCUUACCCAAAAUAAUGCGUCACUCUGACAAAAAAAGUACAUACGUUAGACAUAAUA